AUGCUAUCAAAGACUAGGGAUGUUACUGCACAUAACAUCUAUAGUAUUUAUAACAAGCUUUUCUCUUAUCUUGAUGAAGUUGAGAGCAAGUUAAAGAAUAAAGGAGUUAUCUGGAAGAAGGACAUGCUCCAGGCUCUCCGGACUGCAAAAAGGAAGCUCUCAAAGGAUAUCUAUGCACUUGCAAUGAUCCUUUGCCCAUCAAAAAAACUUCGAUAUUUUACAUCAACAGACUGGCAAGAUACUGCAGUCUUGCAAGAUACCACUAGAGAGAACCCAGAUGAUGAUUCUUGUAAUCUAGAUGCCGCUUGUACUUCUCAGAACCAACCACAGAAUAAGCUCUCAAAGCCUAAAAAUGAUGAGAUUGCAAGGUAUCUUGCCCGAGGUAUUGAGAGACAGAAGCCCCGAGCAUUCUGGAAAGAGCAUAAGCAUGAGUUUCCCAUUCUUACAAGGAUAGCACGGGAUAUUCUCUCAAUCCUAGCUAGUGGUGCAGGCGUUGAGCGAUUAUUCAAUUACGCUCGCGAUAUCUGCUACUAUCGCCGUGGCCAAUUGAAACCAAGUAUAAUCCGAGAACUAAUGCUUCAUCAGUUCACCACCAACUUUAAGAUUGAGCAGAAAGAGAUAGAGGUUAUCAAGGAGCAUCUUUCUGUUGGAGAAGCUGCAUUGUUGGAUCAAGCUCAGAAACCAAUACCCCAGCUUGAAACUCUUGAACCAAUUAGUGACAAUAAAGAGGAAGAUCAAGAGCCUGGAAUCGAGGAUAUGCCACAGAUAGAAAGCUGCGAUGAUGAUUCAGACGGUGGGAAGACUGAUCAGAGUAAUCAACUACAGUGUAAACGAUCAAGGAAACAAUUAUCUGAGGCAGUUGAUGACGACGACGAUGGCCUUCCAGAAAUACCAAUAUAUAAGGGCACACAAGGACGGUCAGGGCGGAUUCGGAAGCAACCAAGGUUACCUGAUGGAUUUCAGAUUGAUUUAAGAUAG